AUGAUUUCGGAGUCGCAAUUGCAGACGCUCAAGGAAAGAGCGCUUGCCAAUCGGGCAAAGGCGUACUGUCCGUACUCUAACUUUCAUGUGGGGUGCUGUUUGCUCGCGAACGGCGAGUUUUUCGACGGCGCUAACGUCGAAAAUGCUUCGUACGGGGGCGCGAUCUGUGCAGAGCGCACGGCCGCCGUGGCUGCUGUGACACAGGGUCGGACCCGGUUCGAGGCCGUGGCCAUCUCGGGCGACCUCGAUACCUGCAUCUCGCCGUGUGGGAUCUGCCGGCAGUUUCUGCGCGAGUUUUCGGCACUGGACGUGCCGAUCUACAUGUACAACAAGGACGGAUCGAAAGUGGAAAAACUGACCAUGAACGAAAUCCUGCCGCAGAGUUUUGGCCCCGCCGAUUUGGGCAAAUAG